AUGCCGAGCAAUCAUAAUGUUGACAAACCAUGGGACACUGAAGAUGUCGACAAAUGGAAGAUCGACGACUUUACCGCCGAAGACAACAGAGGUGGCACCUUCACCGAAGAAUCAUCCUUCCUAAUCCUUUUCCCCAAAUAUCGUGAGAUCUACCUCAAAGAAGCAUGGCCCCUCAUAACCCGCUCCCUCGCCACGCACCACAUAUCUUGCACACUCGACUUAAUCGAGGGUUCCAUGACCGUGCGCACAACGCGAAAAACCUUUGACCCCGCCGCCAUAAUGAAAGCGCGGGACCUAUUGAAGCUCCUCGCUCGCAGCGUGCCAGCACCACAAGCCGUAAAAAUCAUGAACGAAGAUGACACAGCUGCAGAUGUGAUCAAGAUCAGAAAUCUAGUCCGGAACAAAGAUCGCUUCGUCAAGCGCCGCCAACGCAUCCUCGGCCCCAACGGCUCCACGCUCAAAGCCCUCGAGCUCCUCACAAAAUGUUAUAUCCUUGUCCAAGGCAACACAGUCGCAGCCAUGGGCCCCUUCAAAGGUCUGAAAGAAGUACGCCGGGUGGUCGAAGACUGUAUGGCGAACAUCCACCCAAUUUACCACAUCAAAGAGCUCCUGAUCAAACGCGAGCUUGCUGCAGAUCCUACAUUGAGAGAGGAGAAUUGGGAUAGAUUUCUCCCGCAUUUCAAAAAGCGGAGUUUGAAUAAGAGGAGGAAACCUUUCAAGGUGACGGAUAAGUCGAAGAAAGUGUAUACGCCGUUUCCGCCCCCGCCUGAGCAGAGUAAGGUGGAUAAGCAGAUCGAGAGCGGGGAGUUCUUUCUGGGGAAGGCGGCGAAAGAGAGGAAAGAGCGGGAGAAGAGGGACGAGAAGCAGAGGGAGAAAAUUAAGGAAAAGAAGGCGGCUAAGGAGAGUGAGUAUGUGCCGCCGGCUGAAAAUGGGGAGGAGCGGGAGAAGAAAAAGAAAAAGAAGCGGGAAGAGAGGGCGACGGAGAUAUCGGAGGAUGGUGGAGUGUCGCUGAAAGAAAAGAAACGAAAGAGGGAUAAAAAGCAGGAAGAUGGUGUAGAUAGUGUAGAAGAGGGGGAUAAGAAGCGGAAAAACAAAGAGAAAAAGAAUGGUGUGGACGGCGUCGAAAAGAAAGUGAAGAAGCGAAAGAAAGAGCGGAGUCAUGAUGGGGAAAUGAUCGAAGAGCCCUGA